UAUGAUGCCCUAAUGUCUCAUGUUAUGACGCUGCUGUCGACCUUUCCGCCAAAUUUUAUCUAUCUCUACGACGCUGAAAAUCCGAGACUUGUUUCAUCUGGUUUGCGCUCCGUUUUGGAACAGUCUUCGGGUUCUCAUCUAUCUUACGCGUUUGUGGACGCUAUAUCGUGCUUUACACAGCGUCUUAUGUAUGACACUGCUCUCAACCAGCUUGCACGCUGGCAACCAACAUGGGAGGACGGCUGUGAGAAUUGGCCAGGAUCGAGCACAGAGGGACGACGAUGGAAUGAAAGCUUUGACACUUUUGUGCACGGUUUGAAGUCAGUCGCAGCUCAAAUUACGGUAGAAGCCAUGGAUCCUGCAGCGAAGACAUGCAGACUGGUGCUGGUCGUCGAGCGUGCUGAGCGGCUGAGAGAGACACUGCCGGACCUUGUCGUCCCGUUAACCCGUCUUGCUGAAAUGUCCCAGCUGGACAUCAUUACAAUCUUCAUUUCUGAUACACGGUGGGAAGACAUCCGUCCGCCGCUGGGUGCGUCCCCAGAACCAUACUACAUAGAUGCUCCGACAACUUCUCAAAAAGGUGGCCCUACUACUUACCUGAAGGUCGACUUGACAGCCACCCUUGAAAUGCUCACCUCAAUGUAUCCCCCUCCUGACGCCGAACGCGAUCCGAGCAUCGAUCCGCGGACAUACCACCCUUCCCUCCGGCCGCUCUAUGAACGGUUUCUAUCAACACUCUAUGGCUCCUGUGGUACGUUCAUCAGCGACCCGUACGAACUUGCAUAUAUCGCGGCAGCAACCUGGCCAGGAUUCGUGCAGCCUCUCAUCGACGACCACACGCGACGCCUGGAGAUUUAUCAUGCCCAAAAGGGCGAGGAAGUCGUCUCAGACAGCGAGUACAGCGACGUCAAUAGCGACGCAAUGCCUGAGCUCGCCCCCGCGUCGCCGGCGGACGUGUGCCAUGAUCUCGCCACACCCUAUAAGCUCGUAUUUCGCGCCGCAAUGGACGCGCUUUAUCCGCGCAUAACGAAUGCCACCGACUGGGUGCGGCAUUCUGCGCCGAGCGAGUAUGAUGCGCGGAGCAUGAAGACGCUACCGCGGCUGGCAAAGUUCAUCCUCGUCGCGGCGUUCCUCGCGAGCACCAACCCGCCGAAGAGCGACAUGCGGAUGUUUGGCCGCGGUCCCGACGAGCGCUUGAAGCGGCGGCGCAGGAAAGGUGGCAGUCCCCGCAAACCGAAGGCGGGCGUUGCUAGUAUACCACAGCGACUUCUUGGGCCAACAUCGUUCACCCUCGACAGGCUGCUAGCAAUCCUAGGCGUCCUGCUUGAGGAAAACGAUGCAGACGUACGUCCGCCUGCUCCGCAAUACACGUUUCCUGGAGAAUAUACCGACAUGGAGAUCUCCCGCGUGGCUAUCUAUGCUCAGAUCAUGGAGCUUGCCUCCAUGCACCUGCUAGUUCGCACUUCGCCUCCAGAGAAGCUCGACACGCCUCCAUCUUUCAAGUGCGGGAUCUCACUUGAAAUUGCACUUCUGCUUGCGAGAGAUGUGGGAGUGCUUUUGAAUGAUCUCAUGUGGGAACCUAUGUAGGUGUCGCGUCGCGAUAUAUCGAGGUUAAUGACCGUCGUUAGACAAUACUUGAAACACAAUAUUCAACAAUAGUCAUAGAAGUUUACAUUGUAGUGGUGGUGAUGUCGAGUUUCAUAACAGCUCAUUCGAAUGCUUGUUUGGUCAUCAUCUGUACUACAGUUUGGUCGAUUCAAUAUUCCUGCCG